CACAGCGCCCGGCGUGACCCUGCAGUCCAUAGCGGACACCCGCAGCGCCAUGUGGCAGGUGGCCUACAACCACAGCAGCACCAGCGCCGCCAGCACGUGCAGCCAGUUCGUGGCCAUGACCGUGCUGUUAGAAGGAGCCGCGGAUUUCUCACCGGAGCAUUGCAACGAAAUCUGCGCUCUCCUAAACUCCGGUGAUGUUCUGUCCGCCGAAGUGCCGCAAGGGCUGGCCAAUCUAGCGCUCCAAAUAGAACAGUCGGGCCGAGCAGAAGCGUUCAGGAAACAGGAUCCCCAAGGUGCGAUGAGCUGGUUAAAGGCUAACCUCACGCAAGUCUACUAUAACGUUCUGCAGUUUUUGGAUGAACACGGGCAUAGAGCUAUCAUGGAGUUUGAUAUGUACACGAAACCAUGGGUGUUGGUUCCGGAAGAGCUCAUGAAGAUACUGCAAAAUAUGAGAAUCACGAAACAAGAAGUUCAGAGCACCAAGACUGAUGCAGAAAUAAUUGCAGCGCUUACUACGCCCAAAAAGUCCAGUACAAGGAAAGUUCUCGCUUGGGUUCUACCAUUAUGCCGUCGCACGGUCCGUCACCGCGAGAGCACGAAAGCGCACGUGAUCCUCGGCGUGCACAAGCUGCGACUAGCCGCGAUCCGGCUGGGCGCGCUGCUGACGCGGCGCUGGUACCUGCCGCAGCAGGACCUGGUGUUCUUCUUCCGCGCCGCUGAGCUGGCCGACUACAUCAGCACGAGAGACCCGGCGCUGUUGAGGAAAGCCAUCCAGCGGCACCAGUACUACAGCAGCUGGUGCAAGCUGAAGUUCGCGGAGUUGAACACAGGCUGGAUCCAGCCGCUGCCGGCGCACGUGCCGACGCUUACGACUGGCGGAGUUAGGCUGGAGGCCACCGCCGUCUGCGGCGGCGACGUCGUGGCACGGGCCUGCGUCGUCAAGGACCUCUCCGAGAUCAACCAACUGCAGCAAGGAGAUAUAUUGAUCACGUACGCCACUGACAUCGGUUGGUCGCCGUACUUCCCGCUGCUUAGCGGCAUCGUCACGGAACUUGGAGGCCUCAUUUCACACGGAGCCGUAAUAGCCCGCGAGUACGGCCUGCCGUGCAUAGUGGGCGCCACCCACGCCACUGACAUGUUCCACACUGGGGACAUGGUGCGGCUGGUCGGCUCCAAGGGCGUCAUCGAAAAAGUACUCGUGGAAACGUCAGCGGACGCAGAGAGUUAACGAUCUGUGAUAUUUGUGCCGCAGAAAGAACUUUUAUUUAUUUAAUUGUUAAUACUAUGCAAAAGAGUUUAUUUUAGAUAUUUUUAGGAA